AUGGCACCUCAAGACACCUUCAUCGACGAUGAGGAGGACACCUGCCCCCUCUGCAUCGAGGAGUUCGAUUUGUCCGAUCGUGGCUUUCGACCGUGUCCGUGCGGGUACCAGAUCUGCCAGUUCUGCUUCAACAACAUCAAGCAGAACAUGAACAGUUUGUGCCCUGCAUGUCGGCGACCCUACGACGAGAAAUCCAUAGUCUGGAGGGUCGUGACGGCCGAAGAACAUGCCGAGUUCCGCUCCAACAUCCAGAAGAACCAGAAGAAGCGAGCUCUUGAACAGCGCCAAAAAGAGGUGCAAAAGCGCGAGGCCGAGAAAGAGAACCGCAAGAACCUGGUCGGCGUUCGUGUCGUACAGAAGAACCUUGUGUAUGUAACGGGUCUGAACCCGACCGUGCGCGAGGAUGAGCUUCUCAAGACACUUCGAAAACCCGAGUUUUUCGGCCAAUACGGGAACAUUCAAAAGAUUUCGAUUAGCAACCGAAAAAGCCCGGACGGAACCCCUUCUCUCGGCAUAUACGUAACGUUCGAAACGAAAGAAGACGCGCAGCGAUGCAUCCAGGCAGUUAACGGCUCGUUGAACGGUGAGCGCCCCCUCAAGGCCCAACUUGGGACGACAAAAUACUGCUCCGCGUGGCUCCGUCACGAGCAGUGCACCAACCGCCAAUGCAUGUUUUUGCACGAGCUUGGUGACGAGGAGGACAGCUACACCCGUCAAGACUUGUCAUCAAUGAACAGCAUCAAUACGCAGAGGCCUUUGGGGGCUUCGUCGCGGUCCGCUUCUCGGCAACAGAGCCAUCCCAUCCCGAUUCCUACCUCUGCGUCGCAACCUAUGAUCCGCUCUUCUAGUCGAGACGAGUCCGAAAGCGGUGAUUCAUCGGCUCUUCCUGCCGCUGCCAGCUGGGCGCGAACGUCGCAGGUUCGCAGCCGCCGUGGUAGUCAUGCGACCAGCGGUGCGGCCCCCAGUCCGGCCAUCUCGAUGUCGCUGCCUGUGACGACCGAGUCUGCUGCCGAGGCCGUUGAAGAUUCCCCGACUCUGGAAGAAGCCACUGCGAUAACAGCAUCGUCUUCGCGAGCCCAGGGCAAAGCCCCUGUGGACGCCAACGUUUCUUCAGCCUCCCCGGUGACCAGUGGCAGCUCAGGCUCGCAGUCUGUCUCUGCCAAGGAAACGAACGAGAAAGACCCGGCCGCUAGCAUCUUUACCAGUCUUUUGCUGGCGAUGGGCAACUGCCCACUUCCUUCAACCUUUUUGAUUGACGGACUGACGCUCAACUCUUUCCCUCCCUUGUUCGAUCCCCGCGGUGGCGAGAAGCGACGUGCACUUCGCGACGACGAGAGCCGCCUGGAUGCGGAGCAGGAUGAUCAGGCGACGGACGCGAGAGAGCCGUCUGAAGGCGAGCCGGAAAGCAGUGGUAGCUUGGCUUUGGGCGGUGAGCCUGAGGAUCGCGAGCACACUCGCAGCACCCACGGAUUCGACCAACGGCGGGGCGGACUGCCUCCCCCAAUCCAGCGGUCGAAUACCGAGAGCCUUUUCAACUCCUUUGGCGCGAACUACCUGCCCACCGCGAACCCCGGCACCAUUGGCAACCGUUCCAUGACCCCACAGCAGUCGCUCUACUCCCGCACCCCCAGCAGCUUUGCGGAUCAGCCGCCCCCAGGCAUUACACAGUCGCAGGCGAACCUGUUCCAGGGACAGGUGCAGAACCGCCAGACCUCGAGAUAUGGAUUCGGUGGCGACAAUGCUAGCGGCAGCAGUACUACGAUUAAGUUGGCUGCGAAUCCGCGCAUUCUGUCGCAGCAGUCAUCGAUGCUACCGCAAUCUCUGCAUUCGCAGCAGAGCGCACCCUAUUACGCUGCCUCCAUGCCCGGCCCCCCUCCGGGACUGAAAUCGACCGGCACCCCGCCGGCGGUGUUCGGCCAAAGUUUCGCAAACACCAGCUUCGGCGGUGCCCCAAAGGAUACGAGCCAGCUGCUGCAGGACAUUAUCCGUGGACGAGGUGGUGGCAGCGCUGGCAGCCAGGCGCACGAGGCAGGCAAGCGUGAGUACAUGAUUCCCUCCUUCCUUUCCCAGUACCCAUCGUCCGGCUCCUCUACUCCCGCUCCUCCUUCUGGUUUCCCGGCGUCGCCCUACGGCCCUCCGCCUGGGGGAUUCCAAGACAAUGGAUCCAAGCAGAAGAAGAAGGGGAAGAAGCACAGACAUGCUAACACUUCCUCCUCUGGGGGGAGUGGUCUAGUGGAGCUUGCAGACCCGAGCAUCCUGCAAGCGAGACUGCCUCACCAGCAGAGCAACGCCGGCAGCGGCCUGGGACUUUUUGGGAGCCAGGCCCAAGGUGGGUACAACCCGAGCAUGAUGUACAGUGCUGGCUACCCGAGAUGGUGA